UGGCAGCCUGCAUGGGCUCCACACUGUACGAAGGUUGUUAAUUAUUUUUGAAAGGUUGCUAUACAAAUACUAUAAAAAUGCUCAGCCUGACAAUAAGGGAGGUGUCUUUGGCGCUCAGGGAGGGAAGAAUCUCCCCAACAGAGCUUUGUAGGAAGUGUCUGAACCGCAUUAAGAAAACACAACAUCUUAAUGCCUACAUCACUGUGACGGAGGAGCUGGCGCUGAAGCAGGCUCAAGAAGCAGAAACUAGACUGCUGCAAGGUACCCCCAGAGGUCCUCUGGAUGGAAUCCCUUUUGCAGUCAAGGAUAACUUCUGCACAGAAAAUAUCAAGACUACAUGUGCAUCCAGGAUGCUUAAAGACUACACUCCACCCUUCAAUGCUACAGUGGUCCAGAAACUUUUUGACCAAGGGGCUGUUCUCAUGGGGAAAGUCAACAUGGAUGAGUUUGCUAUGGGUGCGGGAAGUACUGACGGGGCUUUCGGUCCGGUGAGGAACCCCUGGAGCUAUUCUGCGUCCUACAGAGAGCAGACAGAGGCAACACCAGACUCUGACUGGGUCAUCACAGGAGGAAGUUCAGGAGGAAGUGCUGCAGCUGUGGCCUCACUCACCAGCUACCUGGCAUUGGGUUCAGACACAGGUGGUUCUACUCGUAACCCUGGGGCACUGUGUGGUGUUGUAGCCCUGAAGCCCACCUAUGGUCUGCUGUCCAGACACGGUCUCAUCCCCCUGGUCAACUCCAUGGACGUCCCCGGUAUCAUCACCCGCAGUGUGAGCGACGCAGCCAUCGUCUUAGGAAUCCUCCAAGGCCUUGAUAUUAAAGACUCAACAACAAUUCCUGCCCCCUCGUCACUGACAGAGCUACCAGAACAAUUUGAUGUCAAGAACCUCUGUGUCGGCAUUCCUAAGGAGUACCACGCCCCCGGGCUGUCUGAGGAGACUGUAGCACAGUGGAGUCGUGUUGCUGACAUGUUUGAGAGGGCGGGGGCGCGGGUGAAGCAAGUAUCUCUCCCCCACACCCAGUACUCCAUCGUGUGCUACCACGUCCUGUGUACCACUGAGGUGGCGUCUAACAUGGCCCGCUUCGACGGCCUAGAAUACGGCCAUCGCAGCGAGAUGGAUAGCUCGACGGAGGCCAUGUACGCCUCGAGCCGACAUGAGGGCUUCAACGACGUAGUGAGAGGAAGGAUACUGUCUGGGAACUACUUCCUGCUCAAACAGAACUACGAGCACUACUUUGUGAAGGCUCAGCAAGUGCGGCGGCUGAUCGCAGAAGACUUUAAGCAUGUCUUCAGCUCUGGUGUCGACGUGCUGCUGACGCCCACCACUCUGACUGAUGCGGCCCGCUACUCCGACUUCACACAGGAAGACAACCGCACACGCAGCACGCAGGAAGACGUCUUUACCCAGCCUGUCAACAUGGCAGGUCUCCCUGCUGUUUCUUUGCCAACUGCUUUAUCAAGACGGGGCCUUCCCAUUGGUUUACAGCUCAUAGGCCCCGCCCUCCAAGACUGGAAGCUGCUCAGUGUGGCCCAAUGGAUGGAGCAGAGGGUUGGGUUCCCCUCCAUCAGUGACUAUGGAGACUCUAGCAGGAAUGAUACUGGGAGGUCCAAACGAGAGCGGACUUCAGCUGUAUGAAGAGAACUGUGGACUAAAAGUGUAACUUUAGUGAACAUUCUCCACGUGUAAGAUGCCUUUUUGGGACAUUUCCGAUGGAGCAACCAUCUAAAUAAUUACAACAAAGCUCACUAUCACUGUUUUACAUCAUGCAUCAUAUUUUAAGUUCAGGGACAUUGUGUUCAAUCUGUGAGAUGCUGCUGUGUUUGUUUAUCUAAAGGUGGCUAUUAAAGAUAUGCAAGAAGGGAUACUUAUUAACUUUUCACUUUGUUUUAUGACCAAAUACCUUCUCAACUACUUACGCUCCCAUUCGUCUAAGCUUUUCUCUGUGUUAAGAGCAGAUAAGCAAAUUGUUAACAUGGUAAACAUUACACCUCCCAUAUCACCAUGUUCUCAGACUAUUAAAUUAUUGAUUGAA